AUGGCCGACAACAACUUCUCGGAUGUGAUCAUCAAGUUCGGCGAUAAGCAAGUCUUCGCCCACAAAGUCAUUCUAGCGCGCGGAUCGUUGUGGUUUGAUAAAGCGCUCUCUGGAAAUUUUAGUGAGGCAAACAAGAAGGUCAUUGAGCUUCACGACGAUGUCGGCAGCGGUGCUGUCAUGACUAUGCUCAAACAUAUCUACGGAUCGAACUACAAAGAGCAAUACUUAGACGAAGAUGAUGAUGCCACUGUCGAAAUGCACCAUGCUGUGUUCAUACUGGGCGACAAAUACGAUAUCAGCUCUUUGAGAGAAGAGGCCGCAGCACGCUUCGAAAAGUUCCUCGCGAAAGAGAGUCGUGACGGCGAGUAUUAUGAUGCAACCAUCCUUACCAUUCAGAAAUUGCUCGGGCCUCAUGCUCCUCAGCUUGCCGAUAAAUCUCUCACAGAGAGAGCGACAUGUUUCGUCUACGGCGACUAUAAGCACCUGCUUUGCAACUACCUUUUCCGUGCCUUGAUGGCCGAGGGAAGCAUGCUACACAAAGAUCUUGCAAUGGAAGUCUUGGAAAUGGUCAGUAACCAACUCUAA